AACGGACCAGCUGAGCCGGCCGUGCGCCUUGAGCAUGUUGACGCAAUGACGGGCAGCGUACAGGCAGCUGCCGCAGCAGCAGCCGGACUUAGGGUUGCACAGACGACGGGGCCGAGUGCGUUCCUGACUAGACUGGAGAUGAAUAUUUCCCCGCUGACAGUCGAUCAUCCAGCCUUAGUUCACAGCUUGCUUGGCUGCUGCCACUUCGGCUCCAGCGCUACGUCUCGUCGCCCAAGUUGUUUGACUUGGGAAAACAGUACCUGAUGCGCUUUGCCUGUUUAGCUCUCACAUUUUAGCUUAGCUAAUAACAAGUUAGGGAGACAUUGGAUUGGGACCUUCCGCGCCCUGACUUGAUGCUUCCAGUUCAGUGGCGGUGUAUGGUGUUCAGUUCAUCAUCAUUCUGUUUUUAUCUAGUUUCGCAAUAUGAGAGUUUGACAGCAGCUGAUGGGCAGAACGUAGUGCUCGCAAAUUCUACGCUGAGCGUCCAGGAAUAUUCCUGUUGACUUCUGCAAAAUCGUAAUAAUAAUUCUGUUUUGAAUUCGUCAGGCGAAGGUCUCUACCAUGUCCGCCAGCGCAUCAAGCCGGAUGGCCAGGAGACAGAAAUGCUUCCUGUGCGACCUGCCCAAAUCGUCCUGGACCAUUUUGAAUGAUUUCUCUCAGCCCGUGUGCCGUGGCUGUGUGAACUACGAAGGUCUGGAUCGCGUCGAGGAUGCCAUCCACGAAUCCAGGCGUCUGCGUGAGCUGGAGGGCGGAAGUACACCGCUGGGGGUGACGAGCAGCGCGGGACCAGUGACGACAUGCGGCGGCGGACCCAGCACAGCGAUCGCUGGCGACCCUACCGUAACGCAGUGCCUUUCGACGGGCACACAGCUGGACAGUACGUGCACCGCACUGCCGCAGGUGGAUUCCAGCAAUCAUCGAACGCAUCCCAGCGUCGGGGCAGCGGGGCCGCGCUUCGAGCCGGCCACACCGCAGAGCACGGAUGCUGUGGACUUCAUGGGGGCAGCUGAACUACCUGGCACAUGCAUAUCGAGUACAGGUUUACCUACUACUAGCAUUGUUGGGAGUACUUCAGCUGGUGGCAAUGUCAUGAACAAUCCCGCUAUGCCGACUGCAGCCAGGGCAGAUAGCUCAGGACCAGGACCAGGCUUUGACGAUUUCCCAUCACCCAUGACACCCUACUCACCGGAUUGGAGCGGGCGCGUCAAUUCCUACGGGAAUGGCGGCCUUCGAGUAAUGGACACGACCGCGGGCUACGGCUCCUACAACCCGCUGGUUGCUCCGGACUACUUGCGGCAGAACCCGUACGGUGGCUACAUAGCGGGGCACGACAGCGCGUUCACGUACUACGGCGGCUGGAGAGCCAUGAAGCGAAGUGGUCCUGAGGAAUCGCCGGUGUUUAAUCCCUACGCCACCAUGUCACCAUCCCGACCCGGUAGCGUGCCACCGCGACGAAUGUCCGAACCAAGUCCGGCAGCAGCCGCCAAGCGCCUCGAUCGUGGUGGCAUACCCAAAUCGCCGGCGUCAAAGCAACGUGCAUUCGAUCUGACUGCCACCGACAACGUCCUGACGGUACCAGCGUCACCAGCAGCAGCAACAGCCAAAUCCAAGGACAAGCCUGGGGACAGGACUGCAACAGUGUCAGAUAAAUCUAGCGCUGCUGGGGAUUCUACCGCCUCAGCCGCCACCACUUCCAUGGCAACCAGCUCGGCGCUAACUAAGGAUAGCAGCAAUGCUAGUGUAACCAAUAGCAACAGCAGUAACGGUGCUAGUUCCACAGCAGUGGCAGCUGCAGCAGCAGCAGUAGCAGCAGCAGCAACACUAGCAGUAGCAACACCAGCGGCGACAGCAGCCAAUAGUGAUAAGGCUAAUGAUGGAAAGACGCCCUCAUCAUCUUCAUUAGACGGCAGCACAUCUACUGCAAAGGCGGACACUGCCAGCAGCUCUAGCAACAGUGCAGGAACACCUGAUGGGGGCACUGGAACAAGGACUGAUGUAGACUCCAACAAAGCUACAAAUUCCUCAGGAAGUGCGUCAGCAGCAACACCAACAGCAGCGCAAGGUGCAUCAUCGACUGCCGAGACUACGACUACGGGUGACUCUGUGUCUGUCGCGUCAUCGUCAUCAUCGCCUAAGACCUCUUCCAAACCUCAGACCCAGACCCCGCCUACACCGGCAGCCAGUGGUGACUCUGCGUCGGCGCCGCAGAAAUCAUGCAAUCACUGCGGCUGUGGUCUCAAAUCUGUCCAGUAUGUACAAUGUCCUUCCGUUGAGCGUCAUCGCUACUGCCUGUUCUGUACCUACAUGCAUAUCGAAUGGAGUGACCCAGGUGCUGUCUCGUGCCCCAGUAAGCAGCGAUGCCUGCACCCGACCAGUAAUGUGCCAUGGGUGUUCCUGCCAAACGAGAUCGAGAGCAUCCGCAAAGCCAUACAGCUCAGCGAAACCCCGGCCAUCAUGCAGUAAUAGGAUUAUCAAAGACCUUUCUCAAAGCCUGGAACUUUGGGUGAGAUGUUGACGUGUUGAUGAUAGGACCGUAGCAAAGACCUUCUAGUUCGUCACAAAUUUGACCUUUCUUCCACACUAGUAUUACUGUAAUAGAACUCUAUGUUAUCCGUAGUAGCAGGAAACGUGUGCAAUGAUCUCUUCCUGCGCAACCUGAGAAAUUCGUUCUAUUUGUGAAAUACGAUGAGACUCGAUCACCGUAAUCAAUAAACAUUUUUGAGUUUUCCUGCUAAUGGGAUGAAGAAGAAAUUUAUCACUUAUACUACAAGUUCGCUACUGUUGUCAGUUGGCAUUAGAGGUUUGGUCGUGACUUCUACUCCAAUUGUUCGUGAAUAUGUUUCUUAAUUCAAAGACUUGAGAUGGCUGAGCAUGCACUAUUCACAGGCAUGUGUAUGAUGCAGUUGAUGUCUACCAGUUUCCAUCUUCA